GUCAGUACGUACAACAUGCCCGCAUUGUCCGCAGACGCGGAGCGUAGCGUGGAGCUGUUCCUGCAGCAGCCGACGCGGGCGCGGCUGCGCGCGCUGGGGCCCGCGGCCGCCGCUGUCAUCGACGCGCACUUGCAGUCGAUAAAAGACCCAACGGAUCUGAUUCAAGCAUAUGUUGACGCCACAUUUUGCGUGUCCGGUUUAUAUGACGACGACAACACAGCGGCAGAAAUAACUCACAAGCUGUACCCGCUAAUGCUGAGCCGCGUGGGACAGCAGCACGCGGCGGGCUGGCUGCUGGCCGACACCAUGCUGCGCGGGCUCGGCCUCAUCAAGUCGGAGAACAAGGAGCACCGGCCGCGCUGGGCGGCGACGGGCUGCUACCGCGCGCUGGCGGCCGUCAUCGAGCGCCGCUACUUCCCGCCCGCGCUGCGCGACACGCUGCGCUUCUUCAUCUCCGCCAAGUUGGCUACGAUGCCCGAGGACAUCAAACUUGCUAUACUGAGCCAGAACACUUUGCACCGUAAUACAUAGCACGAUUCUGUCUAA